GCGUAUGUCAUCCAAAUAAUUGUUUUGGAAAAUCCGGAAGUUGCAUUAUUUUUUAGAAUUCUUUAUAUAUUUCGUCAUAUUAAAGUGUGUUGUUAAUUGCAUGACCCUUUUUGAGUGUCCCAGUAACCAUAAUCCUACCAAAUUAAGUGAUAUCUUUGUGUUGUGAGCGAAAAACCAAGUGCUCUCUUUUUGUUCCAAUUUGACUGGGAUAUCAUCUGUUCCUUUGUCUAAAAAUGGAUUAUGUUACCAAUCUGAAGAUCCUGGUGAUCGGCGAGAGUGGUGUUGGAAAGUCUAGCAUUAUCCUAGCGUUCACAACUGGCGACUAUAAUGCAUCGUUCCCGGCCACUAUCGGAGUUGACUACAAAUGUAAGGUGAUGGACGUGAACGGAGUCAAAGUUAAGCUCGGCAUUUGGGAUACAGCGGGACAGGAACGAUAUAGAACGCUAACAUCAAGUUUUUACAGAGAUGCCCAUGGUGCAAUAUUAGUGUAUGAUAUAUCAGAACCAAAAUCUCUGGACAAACUAAAGGAAUGGGUAGAGGAAUUGCAAGUUUAUUCAACAAAGAAAAAUAUUGUCUGUUUAGUUGUCGGAAACAAAAUUGAUAAGCCUAGGGCGGUGCCUCGUGAAAAAGGCCAGGCGUUCGCUCAGAAGCACAGGAUGCUGUUCAUAGAAAGCAGCGCCAAGACCCAGGAGGGGAUCAGCUUGGCUUUUGAGGAACUGGUGCAGAAGAUCAUCGAAACCCCUGGGCUCUGGGAGACCUCCGGGCCCUCUUCAAACAUCCGGAUAACCAACGAGGAGAGAAGGCAGCAAGAGGCCUCCUCCUGUUACGACUACACCUGUUCCAUAUAAUGCUGGUGGAGUUGGUUGGCUUUACACUGAACUGAUUUGUGAAGUACAGAUGAAGGAGUUUUCUGAUGAUUGACCCUGCUAUUAACUGGACCCGCGGUUCCAGUCGCCGGGUGACAUUUUUUGCUCUUUUUUUAUGGGACAGGAGGGCAACGACCAGACGGAUCUGUCACACUUCACCUCUUGUACUAUCGGCAACAGUGUUAACUGACCAUUGCCGGUCAUGUCGUCUCGUUCUAUCGCAAAGAAUCACCAUUUGAUGAGAGCGAGAGCAAACACGGAAAUGAAUAGUUAACACUGUGGCCGCGUGUACUUGUAGUAGCGUGACGUGUUUAAUUCCUAGUAUUUUGGUUUUGUGUUAAUUUUUUUUACAAACAUUUUUGCGCAAAACAAAAAAAAGCUUACGCCUCGCGAACUGUACACAUUGAUGGUGGGCCCAUUUGUUGGAAGAGAGAGUAUUUUAAAUACCAAUCUAGUGACUGGAUCCGCGGGUCCAGUUAAAAGCGGGGUCAGUCGACGGAAGAAUCGAAGUGGAGGCAAGUUACCCUUUGCAACGGAGUACAAUGGUGUUAGAUAUUUUUAUAUUACCAUAUCGUGAUUCACGUGUCAUUUUUUUCAUUCAUGUUUUUAUCUUUGGGUAUACAUUUCUUCUCAAUUUAGAUAAAGUAUAGCAAUAUUUAGCAUUCCCUGGGGAGCAUUUUCUUCAUCAUAACUAACGUAGUAGUGCAUUAUCACAAGCAAUAUUAACUUAGAUUUUUUGUGUGACAAAAAAUUAGGACAAUUGAGUUCACUGUAAUGUGUUUUUAAUGCAUUCGCAGUAGAUAUAAAUUUUUGCAUGAACAAUUUGUGGCCAAUUUUCGUAAAUAAAACUAUCAUCUCUUUAAUUAAUUAACGCACA